AUGUUACAACCAAUUCUAAACGUUCUGAAUACUCAGAGAAUUGUUUUAGCAUCUGGAUCUCCAAGAAGAAAACAGUUUCUUGGACAGAUUGUGGGUUUAUCAUUUGAAGUUAUUCCAUCCUCAUUUGAAGAAAAUCUAGAUAAAUCAUUAUUCAAGCAACCCUCUGAUUAUGUAAAAGAAACAGCUCGUUUAAAAACAAUAGAAGUUGUUGACAGACUGAAAACUGAUCAGCGAAUACCAGAUUUAGUAAUAGGAGCUGAUACAGUGGUAGCUAUGGAUGAUAAAAUUUACGAAAAACCCAAAGACAGACAAGAUGCUAUUAACAUGUUAAAAAGUUUCAACAAUCGAAGUCAUUCUGUUUAUACAGGAGUUGUUCUUGCCACACCCAAAUCUUCUAAAUAUGUAACAUUUGGUGAAGUAAUAAAUGAUUAUAGAUAUAAUAUAUUUCAUGAAUGUACAGAAGUAAUUAUGAGUGAAAUACCAGAUAAUGUUAUAGAACAGUAUGUAGAUACGGGAGAGCCUAUGGACAAGGCAGGUGGUUACGGAAUACAAUCUCUUGGUGGGUCGUUAGUGAAAGGAAUAAAUGGAGAUUUUUUUAAUGUUGCAGGUUUUCCUGUUCAUACAUUUUGUAAAAAUUUAUAUUCUCUAUAUGCUAGCAAUAAAUAG